AUGGAACAUGGCAAGGACACCACGCAAGUGGCCAAAGUAAGCUUUGACCAAGAUGCAUGGGCACCUAGCGACCUGCUCAUCGAAGGGGUUCAGCUCUUGACUGGUUUCUAUGUGCCGUUAAAACGCCCACAUCAUGGCCAGCAGGUCUUCCGAAAGGCAGGCGCAGUCAGAGCGCAGGCCAUGGUGUACCUCUUCUACUGGAAGGAGCGAACCUGCAGUCCGUCGGGAUGGUGGUUCUGCGAUAAGAUUGGUUUGACCGACGCUAUGCUAAGAAUGUGGAUCAGAGCUCCCCUCGCGGUGCUGGUGUAUCUGGUGUUUCUGACAGGCACAGAUGGGAAGGAGGAAGUGGCAGGUGCCGUUUCGCCCAUAAAACGGCCAAAAGGAGUGGCAGAGGAAACGCCUGCAGAGCAGCUGGCAGAUCUUCGAAGAGACCUGGCGGCGGCAGAAGCCCAGGCUGCCGAGGCCGAGGCCAAGAAAGCGGCUGCGCAGCACAAGGAAGCGCAGGCCGAGCACGCCCUUGACGAGACACUUCACAACGAGGCGAUCGGAGAAGUCUACGGCGCUUUCUUUGCUGGGCUAUUUCUGCUGGCAGCGGCUGCUGGCGUCAUAUGGCUCAGACAUGGCUACCAGGUGCAAGCCGCCCAGCAAAUGAGCACGAUUGUGUCUCUGAACGAGGAGCGAGUUAAAAUCUUGACUCGGCUGAAUCAACAAACACAGCUGCAGAAGCCAGCUGGCGCGGCUGAAAGCCUUUCCAAGCCACUGUUGCCAAAGGGGUAG